AUGGAAAAAAUAAUAGGGCGCUUCUCUAAAUCUUCUGAUCGGAACGAUGAUACGCCAGCAGUCAACGCAGGGUCAACUCCCCAGUCAGCAGUGGCAGCAAGCACGUCACCCGGCCGUUCGUGUGACAUGACCGACGAAAGCGAUCUAUUCGGGCUUUAUCAGCUAUGGCCUCCGAAAAAUGAUGUUUAUGAAGUUCAGAACACAAAGGUUGAUAUAAUAGCUGUGCAUGGAUUGAAUGGAAAAGCAUUCAAAACAUGGACCCAAGAUGGCAAGCUGUGGCUUGCGGACUUUCUCCCGCUGGAAAUUCCAUACGCUCGGAUUUUUACCUUUGGCUAUGAUUCGCGCGUUGCAUUCACCGGAUCAGCUUCACGCGUGAACGACCAUGCGAGAAAUUUGCUCGAAAGGCUCAUGGCGAAGCGGCGACAAUUCAGCGAAGAGCGACCCUUGCUGUUUAUAUGCCAUAGCCUAGGCGGCAUUGUCGUUAAGAGAGCGCUGGCUAUUGCCCAUGAGAGAAGUCGUCGGUAUAACCCAAUCACAAGAGACACAUUUGGCAUCAUGUUUCUCGGCACGCCUCAUCGCGGCUCCGACGUAGCAUUCUGGGGUAGUCUGCUGGUAAAGCUGGCUGACGUCGUAACCUUGGGAUCUAUUCGCACUCAGGUUCUAGAAGACCUCAAACGGAAGUCAGACAUGCUUGGUGCGAUAUGUUCGCAGUUCAUCGAGCGCUCCGAGUCACUGCACCGCAUCUUCUCUAUCUACGAGCGCCAGCGAACCAAAGGUGCAUCGGGCCUAGUCGUCGAAGAAGACUCUGCCGUUAUCGGUCUUCCAAACGAGGUCCCCAUCUCCAUCGAGGCUGACCAUCGGUCAAUGUGUAAAUUCUCCGAUAUGACAAGUGAGAAAUAUCAGAUGAUAUCAGAUUGCAUCAUGGAAAUGGUCGAAGACGCCUUGGACCGCCCAAACACAACGCAGAACCCACUACGAGAUCGGUUUCUACGAUCUAUCAAAACCCUAGAUCCAGAAGAGGUCCUCAGAAAUGUCACCAGACCCAGCCCGGGAACCUGUUCGUGGAUCACCGAGACCAGUGCUUUUCGAGACUGGCGUGAUCAGUCCACAGCCCGAAUUCUUUGGAUAUCGGGAGCCCCCGGUGCUGGUAAGACGACAGCCUCGAGAUUUCUUAUAGACCACUUGCGGCGCUGGCUCCAGAAAAACACAAGCAGUGCUGUAAGAGGGUCGAUCGUCGCGUUCUUCUUUUGUGCCUCCAAGCAAUGGCUGCGAAACUCGGAUGUGCAAAUAGCCCAGUCUCUUCUGUUCCAGGUUCUUUCUCACAACAAAGGUCUCUUCAGGUACUUGAGCGAUUCUGAUAUGCAGACUGUAUGCAGCAUUGACAGGGCCAACGCGGAACCCCACGUCGUCUGGAGGCUUCUGACCACCGUAUUCCAACGCAGCCCCGAUCUUAACUUUUGGAUUCUGAUUGAUGCAAUCGACGAGUUGCAGGACACAUCGCGGACUGCUUUGGUCCAGAGACUUCGGCAUCUAGUCUCAAACGACCUUGGUCAAAAGCUCAAGUUUAUCAUCUGCGAUCGCAGUAGCCCGAAUGCAAGGGGAAUACUACAAUCAGUGACCUGGCUUGACAUCCGUCGUCAAGACAUGGUCUUUGAAGACAUUCGGCAAUUUAUUAAUGCCAGGCUUGGGGACCUAUGCUCUAGUGGCGCCAUCCCGUGGCAGUAUCAGAAUCUCAUCGAAGAGUCGCUUCUCGAGGUAUCGGAAGGCAACUUCCUACAAGUAGCUCUCGCAUGGAGCCACUUCACGGCCGGUGUCUCGUAUUGGUCUGCUCAAGUCAUAAAGUCUCGACUAGAAGGGCUAAGAAGGCUUUCUGGAGAAGCCAGAGCCUUCUACUGCUCUCUACUCCAGAAGAUCCCAGAGGAUUCUCAGGAUGUCGCAAAGAUAGGAUUUACCUGGGUGCUUGGGUCUCGAAAGCCCCUGAGCUUGAGCGAACUCCAGCACGCGGUGGCAAUCAGUGCUGGCCAGAGAACUUGGUCUGACCUUAAAAACGCACUUGGGUUCAACUUUGACGCCCACUUUGAUCAAGCCUUUGGGUACCUUCUCCGCGUCGACCCAGACCUGAGGGUACGAUUUGCGCAUAGUACAGUCAAAGAGUUGUUGACCGCAGAUGAUUCUCUGGCUUCAAGCCCGAAGUCUGGGGUGAUAUCAAAAUAUGUUGUUCGUGAGGCGGAUAUAGAUGCUGAACUCGCAAAACGAUGUAUUACAGUGCUUAGCUUCAGAGACCUGGCAAAAUUCCGAGACAUUGCCCGAGAGGCCAUGGCAGACAAGAUGCGAGACCUGUUCGUCAUGUCACUUCAGGGCAAGGACUACCUGGAUUCGCUUGACCUUAGCAAAUACGACGACAUGGACGUCAUUGAGAGCGAGCCGGAAGUAAAGGAGCGAAUUGGAACAGCUAUGCUGAAGCUUGGCCAGACUGAACUGGACGACCGAACUCGAGGCCUAUUUGUGUAUUGCGUCUCUUAUUGGAACUACCAUUGUAACCAUGGCCUGUCAGAUCCGGAGGUGAACAAGUCCUUGACCGACUUUGCUUUGCUACGGCAAUCACACUACUUUCUGAUGGUCGCCAUACUCUUAGGAUUAGCGAGGUACCACACAGGUCCGUUUUGGGACAGUAUAGAUCAGUUCUCUCGGCUACCUCCAAUGCAUUUCAUUCUGAAGGCGGGCGACUAUCCCAAUGUUUUGUCGGAUUUACUGCACCGUGGGGAAGACAUCAAUGGGACUGAUUCACGAGGCUGGCCGCCCUUGCUAUGGGCUCUAAUCGAGGAUCGGAAACAAUGUCUUGAAAUGAUCUUGGCCAACCACAAGACUAGGAUGGAAUCAACCGAUCGCGAUGCCAGCCAUGUGCUUCAUCUCGCGCUCGAAGCAGGAGUCAACCCCACACUAAUUCUUCGAUUAAUAGCCGAUCCUCGAGUGGAACUGAAUGCCAAAAGUAGGAAAGGUUGGACGGCUUUACAGUGGUGUUUGUCGCGAGUGUCUCUACAAUCAGUCAGCUUUGAGCUCCUGCGCCGCAAAAAUGUCGACAUUUAUGAGCAAGACUGCCAUGGCCUCAAUGCCCUUGAUCAGAUUUUCGAUGAAGGGGUAUCGGAACAAAGCGCCCUCAAGCUCAUCUCUCGAUCUGAUGUGCCUGCCAAUUGGUUCGAGAAAGCUCGCACCUUUCGCCACUCUACUGGGCUCAACUAUCUGGAUGAUGAUGUUCCGCGAACGUUCAUCCAUCGUGCUUCAUCACUACGCUGGUAUUCUCUGGAAGAUACUAUUCUUGCUUGCGACCCGUUCAAAGCCGUCACCGUUGAUGGGGAUGGCUUCACUUUGCUAGAACGGUACGCGUAUCAUGGCAUGAAGAAGCGAAUGAUAGAGAUUUUGAAAGGUCUUCCAUCUAAUACUUUCCAAAGGUCAAACGACUGUGGAUCAAAGCUCUUGAUUCUGUGCGCUCAGCAAGACUGGGAGCAAGUUGUCAACGUCCUGGUCUAUGAGUUCUCUGUCGAUGAUACAUCAACAGACUCUGACGGUAGGAGUAUUGCUCACUGGGCAUGUGAGCUUGGUUGGGUAUCAUUGUCGUCUCUAUUGAUCUCCAAGACAAGGGAAUGGCUAAACAAAACAGCCCGGGACGGGAAAACAGCUCUUCAUACCGCCGCGGAGUACCGGAACUAUACUGCCUGCAAAGACUUGCUCCAAGCAGGCGCCAGCCAUUCUAUUCGAGACAGAAGUGGCAAAUUGCCGAUUCACGUCGCUGCCGAACAGGGUCACCGGGAGAUAGUGAAGCUGCUACUGGAAAGCCCCAUCAAGGACUUGCGAGCAUGUGAGGUAGAUAAGGAAGGGAGAGGUAUCUUGCACUAUAUAGUAAUGUGGCAUUCCGACAGCUUCAUUCGCCAGUGUCUCGCCGUCCUUCAACCACAAGUCAGCACUAAGGACAGCAAAGGGAGAACGCCGCUGCACUUUGCCUGCAUAUUCGGCAACGAGCCUGCUGUUUCUGUUUUGCUGAAUAUUGGGCUGGACCCGGAUAAAAGAGACGCUUCGUCAUUUACGCCAUUACACCAUGCUCUCAUGGAAGGCUCGGUUAAAUGCGCACAAACCCUUAUUAGGCAUGGGGCAAGGUACGACUUGAACGACAAGUUCGAUAGGAAUAUUGUCCUUUUGGCCCUUCGAAGCGAGAACACUAGCACGGUCGAGAGUCUGGUCCACUUUCUUCAGUCCAAGUACUCACCGUCAGAGAUUGCCCGAGAAGCUGGCCACGUGGACCGGUUCGGACGCUCCGCCUUUCACUAUCUAUGUCACUGGGUGGAUCCUAAAAAGAGUGACGAUGACGAUGGAUUGGAUGAAGUUGUCGAAGAACUUAAUGAUGACCGGGACAUCGACCCAGCUGAGACCCAGCAAGUCUUGUCGCCCGCCGAGUGGCUGAUCAAAGCAUUCGCUGCAAUUGGCGUGGAUAUCAAUACGAGGGAUCACCACAAGCAUACACCUCUUCAUGCUUCGGGAAGGGCAGGGAACCUGGCUGCAGCUAGAGCUCUCUUGCGCGUGCCCGGGAUCGAAGUGUCUCCCAAAGAUGAAGAUGGCUUCACCCCUUUGGACUGGGCAUCAGUCAAUGGUUACGGCGAGAUUUCUGCAGCGAUAGAAGCACAUGGGGGAGUACACUCUUCUGAUUGGACUUUGAAGCUCAAACCUAUGUAUCGAUCAUGGCAGUCUGGCUUUGAUGAGGAUGAUGAGAUUGAAGAGGAUGCUGAUGACAUCCAACCCAGAAACCCAUCAGUUGGAGAACGGAGCCAGGAACAAGAAGUUGAUCUGGACUGGAAUGUGACUAACUACCUGUCUAUCGCCUUUCAUCCAGGGGGAGACAAAUGCGAUGCCUGCGAGUUUCUUCGUCGCGUUGUGAAAUGGUGGCGAGUAUACGAUGAGUCAGUGAGGGCACUCGAACUAAAACGUGUUCCCGUGUCGCUGCACUAUGUGUUUACCCUCGGCGAAGCCGACCAAUAUGACGGCAAGGAAUUCCAUAUUGACUGCCCUGUCACGGCAGCUACCGAUCUCGAUAUGGGCACGCCUCUGAGGCUUCAGCCGCAUUUGUCUCAUAUCAAUGAAGAGAGCAUAUUGUGGAUGAAGUCGAAGCUGGAGUCGUGUGUAUCACACAACCACUUUAACUCCAACAAAACCUUCAUUCCCGAUCGGCUUCUUGAUGUUAGAGAAAACCGGCUGAGCCUAGUCCUUACUAAAGAUUGGCAACCUCGAGGCGCCGAAAUCCAUCGAUAUGUUGCCCUUACGUACUGUUGGGGUCCAGAGCCUCACGCAAGGAAGCAGCUCAAGACAACCAGAGACAAUAUCUCCCAGCACCAGCGGCAAAUCCCAGAAUUCUCUCUGCCACAGGUUAUUAAGGACGCCGUAUCCGUGACCAGAGCGUUAUCGGUCCCAUUCCUGUGGGUCGAUGCAUUGUGUAUUCUCCAAGAUGACGUAUCUGACUGGGAGAAUCAAUGUGCCGUGAUGGAACGAAUCUAUGGCAACGCCUACGCGGCAGUUGCUGCUACAUUCUCCGACAACUGCGAGCAAGGAUUUCUCAAAAAGACGGAAAGAAUCCUCGUUCCUUUUCGAACUCACCUUAAUGACACUUAUGCCUUUGCCAUAUAUUCCCCUCCUCACUUAAUCAACGACGCAAACGAAGUGUCCGACAGCCCUUGGGCUCGGAGAGGCUGGACGUUCCAGGAACGCAUCUCAUCAACUCGUAUUCUUAUGUUUUCAAAAGGAGACAUCUACGUAAAGUGCAAAUACUUCAACGAAUCGACGGGAGGCCACAGAGUCACACAUGAAGAGUAUUAUAUCAUGCUUGACCGCGUGACAAUCGAUUCGGGCAGCACAGCAGCCAAUUAUCAAGAAUGGAGCGAUAUAAUAGCUCAAAUCCACCCUAGGCGCCAUCAGCUUACGCGGAAAACAGAUUUCCUUCCUUCGAUCGCUGGUAUCGCAUCGCUAUUCAGUAAAAGGUUGAACGAUGACUAUGCAGCUGGUCUCUGGAAAAAUAAUAUGCAUCAAUCGCUCUGCUGGGCCGCGGGCGAAGAAGACAAGCCUAGUCAUCAAGACCUACUACAGCGACUAAGAGCUCCUUCCCCAUACAUUGCGCCUUCUUGGAGCUGGGCUAGUCGACGUGAAGAUUUUUUGUUCCUUCUAUACCGUCCAAAUCUUUCAGGUGGCUGCCGACCAGAGUUCCAUAGCCUAGACACAGCUAUCGCGUUGCGUGGAGAGUCAGCCUUUGGCGAAGUAAGGCAUGCGGCACUUGAUAUUACCUCUAGGGUACAUGUGGGAUCGCCGAGGCUAGCAUUGCAUAAACUAAUUCGACUAUCCGGGGAACCAGACACUAUUGCAUUUGACGGGCGAUACUUUGCAGAUAUUCAUCCUGAUUGUUUUGUUCAAAGUUUUUUCGGCCGAACGGAAGGCUUUGCUCUCCAGGCGCCCAUUAGUUUCCUGUUGAUAGGUAGUACCAUUCCACACGAAACAGAUACAGGUGAUAUCUCACCAAGAUAUCCUAAAAGCUCUAAGAAUGUUAACGAUGAAGCCGAUGCUGGGGUUGUCUCUGAGGUGCCAAACACCUCAUCUACGAGUGCUGAAAGAGGUGCUGGUUUGGAGACGGAGACCAGAUCAAAAAGGCUGGCUUAUGGCCUGUUGAUUCACCCAACGGGGAAUCCGAACGAAUACUAUCGAGUGGGAACAUUCUUUUCGAAGCCUCAUUCAGCUGGGGGUCUGUCGUUCUUCGAUAACGUCGAGGUUAGAACAGUAAGGCUGGUAUAA